CAAGCUUUCACCUAAACUUCUGUGCCUGUACAUUUCUCUUAUUCAUAUUCCCUCUGUCUAAACAACUAUUCCAUUCCGAUGGCCGAUUCCAAGAUGAAGAACGGGAACGGAGUUGCCAACGGAUCUUCCACGCAAGUUCUGACGUCGCCGAAGCAUGGAAAUGGAAUCUGCCACGACGGCAGCUCGUCGCCUAUCAAGGCCCAAACCAUCGAUGAACUUCAUAGCCUGCAGAAGAAGCGAUCCACGCCCACUACUCCCACCGGCUCCUCUCCCUCGGCCUUCUCUGUUCUUUCAGAAGAAGAUCGCCAGAGGCAGCAGCUCCAAUCAAUCAGUGCAUCGUUAGCAUCGUUGACGAGAGAAACUGGGCCAAAAGUGGUGAAAGGAGACCCGGCUCGAAAAACUCCAACUUCGAAGAUUGCACACGUGGCGCACCACCAAUUCGCACCCACCAUCAACAUCAGCGACAGCUCAUUGAAAUUCACACACGUCCUAUACAAUCUCUCCCCUGCAGAGUUGUACGAGCAGGCCAUAAGGCACGAGAGGGGCUCGUUUUUUACAUCCACAGGAGCAUUGGCCACGCUUUCUGGAGCCAAGACCGGACGGUCUCCAAGAGACAAGCGAAUUGUUAAGGAUGCGAAUACCGAGAAAGAGCUCUGGUGGGGAAAGGGAUCUCCAAACAUUGAAAUGGAUGAGCACACUUUCACGGUCAACAGAGAAAGAGCCGUGGAUUACUUGAACUCUCUCGACAAGGUCUUCGUCAACGACCAAUUCUUGAAUUGGGAUCCCCAGAACAAACUCAAAGUCCGAAUUGUCUCUGCCAGGGCUUACCACUCGUUGUUCAUGCAUAACAUGUGCAUCCGGCCAACGGAGGAAGAGUUGGAGAAUUUUGGGACGCCGGAUUUCACAAUAUACAAUGCCGGACAGUUCCCCUGCAACCGUUUCACUCAUUACAUGACAUCUUCAACCAGCAUAGAUAUGAAUCUGGCUAGGAGGGAAAUGGUGAUCCUUGGAACCCAAUACGCGGGUGAGAUGAAGAAGGGGCUGUUCAGUCUUAUGCACUAUCUCAUGCCCAAACGACAGAUUCUCUCCUUGCAUUCUGGCUGCAACAUGGGAAAAGAUGGCGACGUCGCCCUCUUCUUUGGAUUAUCAGGUACCGGAAAGACUACUUUAUCCACCGAUCACAACCGUUAUUUGAUUGGAGAUGAUGAGCAUUGUUGGGGCGACAAUGGUGUCUCAAAUAUCGAAGGAGGUUGCUAUGCUAAGUGCAUUGACCUUUCUCGAGAGAAAGAGCCUGAUAUUUGGAACGCCAUCAAAUUUGGAACUGUGUUAGAAAAUGUCGUGUUUGAUGAGCACACCAGAGAAGUGGACUAUUCGGACAAUUCAGUUACAGAGAAUACUCGAGCGGCGUACCCAAUCGAGUACAUACCGAACGCUAAGAUACCAUGCGUGGGGCCACACCCAAAGAACGUUAUAUUAUUGGCUUGUGACGCAUUUGGGGUGCUUCCACCAGUGAGCAAGCUCAAUUUGGCUCAAACCAUGUACCAUUUCAUCAGUGGAUAUACUGCAUUGGUGGCUGGAACCGAAGACGGUAUAAAAGAGCCACAAGCGACAUUCUCGGCUUGCUUUGGUGCGGCUUUCAUUAUGUUACAUCCCACAAAGUACGCUGCCAUGCUCGCCCAAAAGAUGCAGAAGCACGGUGCCACCGGCUGGCUAGUCAACACCGGCUGGUCUGGCGGCCGAUAUGGCUCCGGUAGCCGUAUUAAGCUUUCUUACACUAGAAAAAUCAUCGACGCCAUUCAUUCCGGCGAGCUUCUCAAAGCGAAUUACCGUAAAACUAAAGUGUUUGGCCUCGAAAUCCCCACCGCCAUUGAAGGAGUUCCCUCCGAGAUUUUGGACCCAAUAAGCACGUGGUCGAACAAAGAUGCGUACAAUGAAACGCUGCUGAAACUGGCUACUCUUUUCAAGAACAAUUUCGAGACAUUUACCAACUACAAGAUUGGUGAAGACAAUACUCUGGCUGAGCAAAUCCUUGCUGCUGGUCCCAUUUUUUAACCCAACA